UUUUGCCCAUACGCUGAAGACAGAUGCACUAGUGUUCUCUCUGCGAUGUUAAAUGUAUUACGGGAGGCGUACAAGCAGUGACAGCGUGAUUCGUGAUGACCGAUUGAUUAAGAAAUAAAAAAACGAUCAGAAAUCGAACUCAUUUACACAUAUGUAUACUAUACACAAAUUAGUAGUAGAAAUGCGGUCGUUGGGAGUUAUCGCUUGGGCUGGCCUUAGCAUUGGCGCUGUCGUGGGUGGCAUUACAAUUUGGUUGGCAAACCGCAAGCGAAACAGCAGACGUCGCCAACUACCCAGAGCUGAUGAAUGGCAACAUUUGGGUACACUGAAAAUAAUAAAUUUUUACCCCGUCAAAGGGGGUGCGCCCAUAAGACUGGAGCAAGUAGAAUGCUCUGAGUUGGGUCUGCAGUCCAGCGGCGUUUGGGAUCGUUGCUUGGUGGCGUACGAUAAGUGUGGCGCAGUGGUAUUUGCUGGCUCCUAUCCACGCAUGCUCAGUGUACAUCCCAAGAUUGUGAGUGAGAAAGUAUUGCGUUUGGAAGCGCCAAAUAUGCCACCUAUAAUUGUGGACCUGAAUGAGUUACUGAGGGAACCAUAUGCAGUUUUAGAAAAACGAAAAAAUGACAAUGUGAAGCGUUUGGUAGAAUGUCCAGCCGAACACCAUGAGUGGCUCUCACGCGCUGUGCUCCAGCGUGAGCAUGGGUUGCUGCUGUACGUGAAAUUACAACCGAAUCCGGGAGAGAAGCUGGAUAUUGCUCCAGUUAUGGUAAUGCACGAACGUUCCGUGCAAGAGCUGAAUGAACAAUUGAGCGGUAAAACGAAACCAGUGGAUUGUCAACAGUUCCGUGGUAAUAUCGUGGUCGAUAGCAAUGCGAAUGUACUACCGUACAGCGAAGAUAACUGGUUCUGGUUACGGAUGGGUGUAGAUGUUGAAAGCUCGGUAGUUAUGCGCUACAACUCGGACUGCUUGCGUUGUAUUUUGGUAAAUGUGAAUGUGGAGAAUUAUACGAGAAACCCUGAUUUCGAACCGCUAAGAACGCUAAAGAAAUAUCGGCUGCGUCAAAAUCCUAAAGAACCGUCCAUGGGUGUUUAUUUUGAUGUUUAUAAAUGUGGAACUCUGAAGAUUGGGGAGCAAAUCUACGUCAAUUAUGCGUAAACAAAAUGUAUAUAGAAAUAUUUAUAUAUAUAUAUUUACAUUCCUCAGUAAAAGAGUCUUUCAAAAUAUUACAUUGUCU